UAACGCAAUGUAAUGGCGUCUUGAUCUGUGAUGAAAAACUAAAGUGAUAUCCGACCAAUUGAUAUGUUUGUGAACUUAACUAAAUUUCGUCCAGAUAUUCCGUUAUGUUGUUGGAAUUUAAUUAAUUUUGUAUAGGUAUGUACUUAAGACACUCCUGUUCAUAAUAUAAUCUACAAUGUACAAUGGCAUCGGUUUACCGACUGCACGAGGCUCAGGGACUAACGGCUAUGUGCAGAGGAACUGGGCGGCCGUCCGCAAGACCAAGGAUAAGGUGAAUUACAAGACUGAGGAAGAGUUGGAGAAGUUGGAUGCAGCAAACAAUCGACAACCUAACAAAGAAAUUCUCGACCAUGAAAGGAAACGAAAAAUUGAAAUCAAAUGUAUAGAACUCGAAGAAAUUCUGGAGGAGCAAGGGUACUCACGAUCGGAGAUCGACACAAAAGUGGCUGCCUACCGUCAAGUUCUGCUGGGAAACGACGGCAAGGUAGACCAGCUGCCGAGAGAUGAGUUCGGCAGAGUUAUUGUGAAAGAAACCCACCAGAUAGCAGAGGCGCAGCAGGAGAAGAAUGCCAAACUGCGUGAGGCGUUCGGUAUCUCCGAGUAUUUUGUGGAGGGCAGCAGUCUGGACCCCGGGCGGCAUGCGAGGGAGGCAGCAGCGCGCGCGGCUCACGGACCAACACAGUAUCAGCUGGUGCGCACUCCUUCACCUCCGCCAGCACCCGACACCACUCACCGCAAGCGGAAGCGGAAAGCUAGAGACAGAUCGUCCAGUCCAGAGAAAAGAAAGGAGAAGAAGAAGCGCUCAAAGAAACAUAAGAAAGACAGAUCUGAAUCAGUGAAACGUAGUUCUAAGAAGAAACGGUCGUCAUCGAAAGAGAAAAAGAAACAAAAACAGAAGAAACGGUCUCGCAGUUCCUCAUCAGACUCCGAUUCUGUCUCUGACGACUCUGACAGCAGCAGUGACGAGGACAAGAAAACUAAAGCGAAGAAGAAAUCUUCAAAGGUUACAGAGAAACCCAAAGCUGCUGGCUCCAAACCCAAGCACAGAUCUCACUCCAAAUCCUCUAGAGACAGCUCCCCCAACUCCAUUGAUGGUAGAAGCCGUCCAGCUGUGAAAAGGAAAGGUUCGACCAAAGAAGAUGGCAGUAAACGCAAGAGGAGACGACACAGCAGUGACUCUGACGGGAAGAAGGAACAGUCUAGAAGCGAGAGGGAACGUAUUUCAAAGAUGAGGAAGGCUUCUCCAUCACCCAAACCAAGCUAUAACUCUAAAAAAGAUUCACGAAGGAGGUCCAGAAGUAAGAGUCGAUCCUCAUCUGUAGUUCAUUCAAAAGUUACAAGUUCAACGUCACGAAGAUCUAGAAGUAGAUCUGACUCUAGAAAUAAAGUUCCUACUAAGGGAAGGAAAAAAUCGAGGUCCAGAAGUAAUUCUAGGGUUAAAGAACUCUCAAGGUUAAGAUCACCUCUCGACAGUAGAAGUAACAAGUCUAAGAAAUCUGAUAGGAAUAAAAACAGUAGAAUAUCAAAGAGUACAUCUAGGUCAAAGUCGAGGGAGAAGAAACCGAGAACGAAUAGUCGAAGUUCCACACCUCAGACUAGGCGGAAGAAAGGUAAAGCUGAAAGUAUUUCACCAGCACCCUACAAGAAAAGUAGUGAUAAAGAAAAUAAGAAGAAAGGAAAGGACUCAUCAAAGUCAAGAAAUAAAUCUAGGAGUCGCAGUAUUUCUUACAAUCGUAGAGAAAGAUCUGUUAGUAGAAGUAAAGCGUCUAAAGACAGUAAACGUUAUCGUAAAGAAGAAAAGAAAGAUAAAAAGAAAUCUGAUAAGAAAAUUAAAUCUAAAAGUCCACCCCACUAUAAAACCGUUAAAGAAAAGUCACCAAUUGAAAAGAAACGGAAAUCUCGAAGUAGCAGCAUUCUCAAACGGAAAUCUAGAAGUAGAAGUAGGUCCGAAAGGAAAUCUCCCAAGUUCUCAAGUAAAAAUAAAUCCAGACGAGAGUCCUCCCCAUCUUCAAGUAGGAGUAGAUCCAGGCAGGAUUUCAGAAGCAGUAGUACUAUGUCCAAACAGAAAACCUCAAAGAUUAGAAGUGAAAACGUUUCAAUGAAAUCAUCUGUUGAUAAACCGUCUAAACAGACAUCACCUAAAGUUCGGAGCAGGAGCAGUUCCAAGCGCAAGUCAAAGUCCCGGACAAGAAGUAGGUCACCGAAAGUUCGUAGGAGUCGGUCCGUGUCUCGCAGUAAAGUAGUGAAAAAGAAAAAGAGGAAGGAUAGUUCGGACACAUCCAGUCUGAGCUAUUCGCCGGCUGAACGCAAUCCAGAACGGUACUCGGACAUCUUGCCCAAGCCUGUGGUCCACCUGCAUGACUCCAGCAGUGAGGAAGAGGCCGUAGUAGAGCGAGAAAAGGAAGAGACUGAGGAUGAGAGGGAAAAGGAAUUAAGAACGCUUAGGAUAUUGAAGUCUGGUUUGGCAGCUAAGGCUAAAGAGUCGAUAGAAAAGAAACUACCUAAGGUUGCUCUCAAAGAGGUGUCAUCUGAUGAGAAGAAGGUGGAGAAGGAAGAAAAGAAAUGUGAUAAAGAAGAGAAGAAAGUGUUACCGAAGGAUGAAAACUCUCCACAGGUACAAGAAGGUGUAGGGGAAGGUAAGAGGAUUUCACCUCUGAUGAACAUGUUUAUGUCCCGUCUGGUGACCCCUGGCGUGACCAAGAGUCCUUCUCUGAAUGGAAAGUCUCCCAGACAGCGUUCCCAGUCCCGGGAUUCGGACAGUUCGCUAGACAAGGGAGCCAUGUCACCGCUGGACAGAAAAGCGCUAGCCUCACCUCAGGUCAAGCAGAGGCCUCACCGCAAGCGUAAAGACUCGUCCUCAUCUUCCGACUCCUCUGAUGAUGACGACGAUGAUGCCGUCGUCAAAAGGUCCAAGAGCAUCUCAUCAAGGUCGGAUUCUUCUUCUAGUCGUAGUUCCUCAUGUGGUGGUAAGAGCUCGAGUUCAUCAGCAUCUCGCAGCAGCAGUAGCAGCAAGUCGGCCUCACGCUCUCGUUCCCCCAGCGUGCACAAGUCUCCCACCAGAAGUCGGUCCGCAUCAGUGAAGGGGGGUAGGAGCGGCUCCAGUCGGUCACCCAGCAGUAGUCACUCGGACAGUUCUUCCUCUCGGUCACGGUCACCCUCCAUCCCUCGGCGCAGGGGAUCUCCCAGCUUCCUGGACCGCCGUCGCAUCACCAGUGCAAGGAAGCGGCCGAUCCCGUACCAUCGACCGACACCCCCCACCCCCUUCCAGUGCCAGCAGCUGGUCGUCUCGCAGUGAUUCAGCUCGACACAGCUGGUCUCACAGCCGUUCCCCUCCCCUGCAGGAUCCAGCCCUCUCUACAGCCACUAAAACUGACCCAUCCAUAAGAGCCAGUGACUGCAUGAUUGUGCUUCAUUGUCCUCUUCAUAGGAAACUUCAAGAAAUUCACAGAAAAAAACUAAUUCCAUGCCACAGUGAUCUCUCCACAAUUUCAUAUUUAUACAAUCUGCUAAAUAUCUGGUAUAUUUGUUACAAGUGACUCAGAGAAAUUAUGGUAAUUUAUCAGUGACAUUGUUAAUCAAAGCUCAUCUGUCUUCCGAAAAUGGUUCAGCUGGGUUUCUUAAAAUGUCAUUGUAAACACAGGCUGAUCAACAUUUCACAAACUGAUUUUGUGAAUAUCAGCUGGGAUUCUCUCGAUAUCAUUGUAAACACAGCUGAUCAACUUUUCACAAACUGACCUUGCAAAUAUCAGCUGAGUUAUUCUCUAUCUCUGUAGACACAGCUGAUCAAAUUUUCACAAACUGAUUCUGCGAAUCUCAGCUGGGCUUCUCACAAUGUCUGUUGUUAAACACAAUGGAACCUUCAGUGAUCCUUUCAAUAUUAGUUGGUUUUUCUCUUAGUGCCAUUGUCCAAAGUUGCUAAUCUACUUGUCGAAAAGUGAUUCUGCAAAGCUGUCAUUUCAAACUACUAACGUAGUAAAACGUUCCUGAUCUAGUCUCCACGUAAUGUUUUUGUGAAUCAGGUUGUUUCUAACAUCAACAUUGUAAAAACAUUCUGAUCUAAUUACAUCAUACUGAUUCCGUCAAUCUCGGCAGAUUUUUCAUCCUGGCGUUUUAGAACGUAGCUGAUCCACUCAUGACAAACUCAUUCAGUGAAUCACAGAUCUCAAAUGCAGUUGACCUUGUCCUCACAAAAUGAUUCUAUGCAACUCAGCUGGGUUUCUCACAGUGAGAUUUUUGAACAUAUUUGGAAUCACAAAGUAAUACUUGGAUCUUGUCUGUACGUUCACUGUGAGGACACUAUGGUUGGUUGUGUUCAACUAAGUUCGUCUGCUCCUUGGAAAAAGACAGUUUAAUAAUAAAUAUCUAACAGUGAAGACGGUUAAACUUGCAAGAUCGUCUUGAUGUGUUUGUAGAACACAACUGGUUUUCGCCUGCAAUGGUUCUGUGAAGCAACUCUAUCUUGUGAUGAGUAUUUAAAACACAGUUGUUUGUCUCACAGUUUCAUACUUUACAAUGUGAUCCAGCCCUCCUAAUGAGUAUGUUCUAGACAUUAAGAUGAACUCGGAUAUGCCAUCUCGACCUCUGCUAUAGAGUAUAACAUACACUAUACACCAAUAUUUAUUCUGUGUGUGACUUCUCAAGUUAUAUUUCAGUGAUUAGUAUAAAAGACAUAUUUGAAUUGCGAUGACUAGUAUAGGAUGUAAGAGCCAAUUUGCACUGGAAGAAAAACCUAGUUUUUUGGAAAAUUAAUUAAAGGAAUUUCGCCUAAUGAAUUGAUCUCAGUUGCAGUAAUUUGGUGAGGGUCUGAGUGAGAAGGUAAGCUAUUAAAAAUAUCAAACGAUACUGGUCAGACACGUACUUUUUAUGUAGGAGACUGAAAACUACCUGAGGGGUCAUAACAUAACAUGCUUUUCAGCUUGUUGGCCUUAGGUCAGUUUUAAGUGUGCCAAUCUCUACGUUACCACAUCAUGGAUAUAGAGUGAGAUGACGUUGAGGAACUUCAGGAAUUCGAAAGAAUCUCUACAGCUUUUCUAAUGGUGGAGGUCUGCUGAUGUUCCAAGACUUUUUUGUACAACGACGAUUUGUUAGAUUCGUAGCAGAUGUUCCGUCCCUUGUGACAGGGCCAUACAUAGGAGUGUAAAAGUGAGAAGUAGUCGGUAAACUGUUAAGAGAAAUUAACUGUUUUUUCCCAAAAAGUUGCUGAUGCUGUUUCUUGCUGAGAUUGUCCACUUUAAGUCCAUCAUCAGGAAUAGGAAUGAUGCUGACAAUGUGGUUGAUAUUUACACAGUGCAAAUUGGCUAUUGUCUCCUGAACUGUUUUAAUUUAUUUUCUUAUGAUACUUCAUGUUUCAGUACUUGUGUAAUAAUUUUUUUUUAAGUAAAGAAAAUCAAAACUGUAAUAUAAAAAACCUACUCGAGACAGGCAAGAAAGUGAGUUAAUAGAAAUGUUGUAAAAAUGUUCGGUUCUAUAAUCAUAAUUUAAAGAACAAAAAUGACUUUUAGUUGUAUGUGUCUCUUAUAUUCAACUACCAUGACCAAUGUGAGCUAUUAUUUACAUGAAGAAAAACAUUAAAUUUGGAACAUAAUACAGUAUAUUAAGGAGGCGCUCUACAUCAUAGAGGAUCAAAAAACAAAUGUUAUAAUUUAACCCUAUCAACUCGAUAAAUUGUUUUAAAUUAAUUUUCUUAAUAUCAGCAUAUUACAAACCCAUAUUACACUGUUGAGUGUUUUGUUUCUAAAACACUAAAAGAGCCAUUUAUGUUUAAGAAAUGAAGCAGAAAUAUAUUGGUUUUCAAACAUAAUUAAAAAAAAAAAAAAAAUAGAAGACAUUGAACAAAAGCUAUAAACCUAGAAACCUAAAUAGGGCUACCAUGCUUUCAUAAAAUAUGCUUUAUAAAAAGCUUUCCUCAUAGGAUCUUAUUAACACGGUUACUGCGGAAAAACAGGCCAAUAAUGUACCCGAUAUGCGGCAAAAUUCAUACUCAGUGCUAUUUUGGUUCAAUAAACUGUAAAAAUCAUACUGGGUAUUAUACGUUCAUACAUGUUAAUAAUAUACGGGUCAGUCCGGAUAAUACACCAUACAUAAUUUAUAAGACUUGAUAUGUACACAAUUCUGUCACAGUUUCUUCACUAGGUUGCAUCAAUAAACAAUGUAAACAAAUCACUUUCUGGACAGCUUGUCUGCAUUUCAUGGCCAAACUGAAGUGUUUGUAAGGAAAUUUGCUCCAUCUUUAAAUGGAGCUUAAAAAAGCUUUAAAUGUUUCCAGUGUGUGCUGUAAUAAUGCAACAUGAAUCAGAUAAAUCAACAGCGUUGUAACGCUACUGUCUGGAAAAUGCCCUGUAGUGAACGUGUUGAUAACCUUUCGAGGCAAUCUCACUCUUAGCAUCAGCUCUCGUAAGCAUUUUGUCGCAGAAAGUUGUUUGUGGUAGAGCGCCUUCUUAAGCAACCAUGAUCUAUGUUAUUAUUAUAAAUAAAAAGUUUAAAAGAAACCUUGUUUUGGAAAGCUCAAUAAUUUUUUUGUGCAAUUUAUGUUCCCAGAAUACAUACAGAACAUAAGUGUCCAGAUAUGUCUGUUAAUGAUAUGUUAUCCAACAAGUAAAGUUGGUUUUCUCACUUUCCUCUGAAAAGCAUUUUUCUGAUUGUGAAUACAUUGGUGACAUUUGUUGCCCUACACUGUUCUAAUGUUAUAGAGAAAAGGUUUCUCGUGCUGAGAGCCAAGGCAGGAAUUCUCGCGUAUAAGUACUUACUGAUAAAAAUUGUUCUAGUCAGUUUUACUCAAAGUGCAAAAAAUUGUAUGAUAUAUUAUGUAGAUAGAAUCUGAAAGUGUACUAUACAAUGUUCGGGCGGAUACUAAGGGUAAAGAUCAUCGCCCCACCAUGCUUGUUAUCGUUACCAAAGCUUCUGUAUAUUUUUGCUAGUCAUCAUCCCUAGUCUAAAUAAUUAAGAAUAAAUAUUUAUACGAAUAUUUAUCUGGCUUUCAGAAUGAUCUCGUUAUAGUAUUAGAAUAGUAGUCUAUUUAAAUAAUUUAAGAAUUUGCGUACUUUUGUUUGGCAAAUUGAUCACCUCAUAAUUAAUUGGCAACGUGUUUUUUAUUUUAACUCCUAAGUCAAAAUGGGGUUCCUUAUUUAAUCGACAAUGUAACGCUUGUUGCUUUGAAUUCUUGUGUAAAAAUUAGAGUAUCUAAAUCACCGACACACUGUUAAAGUCACUCAUAUACAAUUUAUUUAUUUGUAUAUACAAUCUAGUAUUAUUGAUGCAAUUAUUUAAUUAAUAGGUAUUUGUUUAUUUUCUAGUCAAUUUGGAAAUGUGUUCUGUUUUAUGUAAUUUAAUUCUAAUUAUAUUUUGUAUUUAUUCAAAGUUAGAUCUAGUCAAUCUGGAAAUGUGUUCUGUUUUAUGUAAUUUAAUUCUAAUUAUAUUUUGUAUUUAUUCAAAGUUAGAUCUAUGUGAUAGUUGUUAAAUUUAUACUAUUUAUUCAGCUGAUGUUAAUAUUGUAAAUUAUGUAGAUGUUUGUACACUAGGGUGUUAUUAUUUAUUACAGUCGUUAUUUUUUACUUUGAAAACGAAUUUGGUUGUCAGUUGAAUUAUACAUUAACUAUCAAAUUAUUUAAUUAUUGAAAUAUUCUUACAAACUAAUAUAAGUGAAUUUUGUUUAUUAAGAAAAGAUGCAAUUUUAAUGCAGCUCCUUAUAGUAAUUAUCAGUUGUUAAAAAUCUUCUCUUCUCAUUGUAUUGAUAUCUCAGUGAUGUUUUAGGCUUUGGUUUAUCCAAUAAGGUAAAAUAGAAGCUAAUUGAGAGAUGAACAAAGUAUAAAGAACGUAUGCAGUUAAUAUGACACAGUAAUAUUCCACCACCCUCAACAGACAGUGUUGUGGUUUGGUAAACCCCUCCACCAUUAAUAAGCUCCCCUCUUUUGAAAAUCCAGUUUCUUUACUCACCUCUCAACCAGUAUGUUAUUUUCUUCAUACGAUUUAGCUUCUAUAUUUACAAAUUGAAGUACACAACUAAUGUGUGACGGAAGAAACUGUAGAAUAAUAGCGAAGUGCUUAAUUUAAUUUUAGAACUUUAAUUUAGAAUUAACGUUUUAACGCAAAUAAUAACUGCUCUAGUGUACGUUAUUGCUUGAGUGUUUGCAUUUUUGUUGUUAAUAUUAUUUUACCAUUCCUACUGGCGGUCUGUCGAUCGCCAAACGAGUCAACUCUAGUCACUAGGUUAAGGCAUCACUAGGUUAAGGUACCUUGUUACAUAUGUUUAUGUGAUAUGUAAAUUAAACUUAUUGCUAGUAGUUCUAUUGUAUCUUGUGCAAUUCUGUAAUUUAUGCUUUUUUGUUGUGUGGUGUUAUUUUUAUUUAUUUAUUACAAAGGGUGUUUUACUGUAGGAAUUUACAAUAAGCGUACUUAAGUAGACUUUACGCGUUUUUAUGAUAUUAAGAAAUCUAGUUCUCAUAAAUUGAUAUUAUUUUUAUUAAAAUUAUAAUAAGAUUAUGCCAUUAUUUUCAUUGUUGGUUCGACAUGGUUAUAUUCGCUUCUGCUCUAAAAGAUCAUUAUCGAUUUGAUUCUUAUGUACAACAAAGAUACAGAUUUCUCAAACUAAAUACUUAACAAGUUGUGGUUGGAAAUUGAUGACCUCCAGGUAUUACCGAAAAGGUGUGUUCAUUAUUGUAAGGGAAGGUAUUUCACUAUCUGUAUUUUCUAAAAACAUUCACCGAAGUAAUUUUUAUGUAAGUAAUGAAACUGCAAUUUUAUUUCUAUGAGACAUAUCUUCAGCAACAAAACUACAAUAACUAAAACUUUGAGUGUAAUAUCGUACUAGAACAUUAUUAUGUUAAGUAUAAAUACUACUUAAUAAAUAAGAACUUAGCUGUGUUAACACAUGUAUAACCAAUUGCUUAACUUGUUAACAGCAGCAGACGCCGGUAGUGCAUGUACUGUGUUAUAAGACUACUAUGAUCACUCUGUAUUGAGCCGCAUUGAAGGUGUUAGUCAUAUUUCAUCAAUUUUGUUGCUACUCAGUACAUACAGAAAUUAUAUAAGUAAACUGUCAACUGUGUGAAUUUCAUAUCAAAAUCAAAAAGCAAUCCGUUUAGUUUUCAAUUUAAAUUCAAAUUUACAACAAUGAUUCAUCAGGGUCAACCAGUGCGUUUACCAAAAUUUUGUUAUUAUUACUUAUUACCGUUAGUAACAGAAAUAGUUUUGUAAAUAUUGAUUUAAUAGUAAAUCCCAUGACAAAUAAAAAAAUAAUUAGCAGCAAUUAAGUGCUGUGUGGAGAGUCAGUUUCCAUUAACAACUACCAAUUAACAAUUUAUUUAUUUCACGAUCAAUUGUCUAGCUUAUAAGCAAAACUCAAAGGAAACUUUUACACUUUAUCUAACUGUGCAAAACCACGUUGUACUUUAAUUUUUAUAGUAAAUCUAGAUUACAAAUUACAAUAAUGUUUGUAUAUAAGCAGAAGAUAAAUCAAUGUGGACGAUUGCCCACCGAUUGUAACAUAGUGAUUGUUGACAUUGAAAUGUGUCUUGUACCUAACUUGUUGAGCCCAUAGAAUGAGCAGAACAACAUGGCCAUGGGGAGUCCCUGCAAACAACGUAAGAUAAAAUUGCCAGUGACUCGGUGGUGGCUGAAAACCAUAGGUCUGCCCUGGCAUAGGCAAUGUUAAGUGUUAAUACAUUUUGUGGGAGGGAUUCACUUUUUUGCUAGCUAGUAAAAGGCUAACCACCGGGAUGUUACUGGAAAAAAUGUAUAUUACCCUAUAAAAAUUAAUGUGAAUCAAAAAAAUUACCCCUCUAGACAACUUUAACAUGCCUUUUAGAGAUUUGAAAUACAAACCAACCUGGUUCAUCCGGACCUCGUUUAUCUGGAUCUCCAGGUUAUUCGAAUCAGUUUUACAGAGCAAGAAAUUUAAAUUAUUUUUAAGAUGAUAUAAAUUUUGUUGAAUUUCGAGCGUAAUUUGUUUUCCUGUUACCACAUGUUUGAUCAAAGUGAUGGAUAAUAUUAUAACACGAUACAAUA